AUGAAGUUUUCGGCCAUUGUUAACAUGAUGUUGAUUAUGGAAUUAUUUACCAGUAUUCGAGGAGCAUAUUUUCGGUUUACCAACAUGGAUUGCAAUAGUCUCGACUCGGAGUUUGUGGAGGUUAAGGAGUGUAUUUUGAAGAUGGUGAGCAGAAAUGUGGUGGGCAUGAAUUUCCACAUGGUGAUUAAAUAUGGCAAGCCCAUCGAUAAGAUUCAGUUUAACAUAAGCAUAUUCCGAAAGUCGAAUGUGUACAGGCAGUUUUUGGUUAAUCACACCAUCGACUUCUGUUACUAUAUGCGCAAUCCAGAGAAAUAUCCGAUAUUCUAUAUGUUUCAUGAUUCCCUUAUGGCGGCCACCAAUGCCAAUCAUACUUGCCCAUAUGCUGAAAAGGAUAUUUAUGUGAGGAAAAUGAUUUUCAACGAUCAGACACUGAAGAACCUACGUACCAUUUUGCCCGAGGGCGAAUACAAACUGGCUGUUUCUGUGGGUGGUUUCGGAGUCUGGCGAUUAAAGGUCAAUGUCUACGGUCGACGAGGUUAA